CUUUUCCGUUUGCUUGCAACUAAAAGUUACUAACCAACAAACUGCAGUUGUAUAAACUUUUUCUUUAUUUUUAUUACUUUAUGCAAACUUUUUUAUUUCUUUCUUAAGCAAAUGAUGUUUCCAGUAAUUGUACUUAGUAUACUGUGAACAGCAAGCGUGGGAACUCCUUGAAUCUUUGGGCUUUCAAAUGGAGUACGUAUCAGAAUAAUUUCAAAUGUCGCUUGCGUUUGGUAUCGCGAUGCGGCUUUUUGAAGGACUUGGCCGAUCCGCUGUUCAGCCACUGUUUCGCUCCUCUUCUUGCAAGCCAACAGUAAUUCGGAAAAAUCUCAGCAGUAAACAAUGGAUUACCAGUGACAUUUUAGAUAUCGAGCAGAGGAACAGUCGGAAUAUUCAAGAUGAAGAAGCAAAGACUCGCCCGUCACCGCGGUAAAAUGUUGUUGAACCCUAAAAAUCGAAGGAAAACAAUUAUGCCAAGUGAAAUAUCUGAUGAAAUUCUGUUCGGAACCAAUCCUGUACUUCUGGCACUGCGAGCUGGACAGCGGCAAUUCUAUCGCCUGCUGAUAACGGAAGCGAAGACCUUGUCACAGGAACAUCACAACCAAGAAAUCCUUCGCUUGUGUUCGGAACGAAACAUUCCGGUCAAAAUUGAGGAAGCUGUUGUUCUCAAAAAGAUUUCUUGUGAUCGUCCCCAUCAGGGGUUAUGUUUAGAAUGUUCGCCUUUAGUGCCAUCGGAGAUGUUGCACUCAAAGCUUUCUUCCGCUCUGCGAGACGCUGCACAACAAAAACUUUGGCUUCUGUUGGACGGAAUUUAUGAUCCAAUGAAUCUUGGAGCAAUUAUGAGAUCGGCAUAUUUUUUUGGCGUGGAGAGAAUAUUCUUGAUGGAAGGGUCGAGUUGUCCUUUAUCCCCGAUUGUCAGCAAAGCCAGUGCCGGUGUUAUGGAAAUUUUGCCUAUCCAUGUGCUGAAGAGAGCACAACUGAAGGAGUUUGUAAAGUUGGCGAAAGAACAGAAAUGGGACAUUGUGGGCACCGUCAGCAAGAACGAAGCUAAACAAGCCAACCUGGCAGAACCGUGUUCCAUCCAUGAGUUGCAGCUUCCGGACAACGUGAUACUUGUGUUUGGGAAUGAAAAUAAAGGCAUUGACUGGGAGCUUCUUCAAGCGUGUCCUACGGUGGUGACAAUCCAACCUGGUCGGAAUGAUAUAACAGAGGGAGCUGAUUGUCUGAACGUUUCUGUUGCAGCUGGAGUGAUACUAAGUCAUAUCGCUUGGCAGCGCCAGAAAAGUACUACUACAUGAUGUCAGCAUUUCCUGUUCUGGUUUACCGCUACUGCAAGCCUACUCAACCUUCGAGUUUCGAAGCCUUCACAGUUGUAUUUGGUAAAAUUUUCUAAAAUCGAAGUGUUGCUGAACGCAAAUCUCACUUAUUUUUGGGUGUGUGGUCCAAAUUUGUGAAAAGCUGGUAAAAAGGUAAUAUUGAUGACUGUUUUUUAUUUUCCUGCUCCCUGUGCGAAACUGAGUUAGUACAUGAAUAUGAUUAUGCAUAUCAUUAUAUUAAACAAAAAGUAUGUCUGCAAAUUACAAUAGUUGGUUACCGGAAAGUGCAGGGUUUCAAAAGCUUAACUUUGAGCCGAACUCACCGUGCUUGUACCGGUUUUCCGUUGUUACUAACUUAUUACUAGUAGUAUACUAACUACGCUUCUCAAAAUAAUAAUUAUUUCAAUAUUGUGCUUCUGAAAUUUUUCAAGAAUGUUGCUAAAUUUUAGAGCAAGUCGCCAAAAAAAAGCAGUACAUAAGGACGGAUUUUUUUCGUUUUCGUCGUACGAAG